CACUCAAAAACCUUUCCCUCUUUUUUCCCUCCCCUCUCCCAAAAAAUCCUUCUAAGAAUAUUCGUUUCAAAAUUAGGGUUUCGGAAAUUCAAAUCUUUGUUUUAUGGAUACAGCUGCUUGCCCAUCAACUCCUCGAUGGAAUCUUGAUCGACCUUACCUCACCGGUCGAUUUCAUCAGGAAACCAGGGUUUCUUCUCAAUCAGGAAAGCAAGGGAUUUCUCCAAACACUUUCAGUCCGGGUUCAGAAAGUCCUAUUGGAUGUUACCAUGCUUCUGUUCAGGAGCUCUUGGUUAUCGACGAUCUCCUCUCGGCUUUGGUUGGAAUUGAGGGUCGAUAUACUUCAAUUAAAAGGGUUCGUGGGAGUGAAAGUCAAGUUACAUUCCAGGUUGAUGCAUCUAUGGAUUUAGCACUUCAGGAGCUUACUAAGCGGAUUUUUCCUUUGUGCGAGAACUUUAUUUUGAUAAACGAGUUUGUUGAGUCAAGGUCUCAAUUCAAGAAUGGACUGGUUAAUCAUGCUUUUGCUGCCGCAUUAAGAGCACUUCUGCUAGAUUACCAAGCCAUGGUGGCUCAGCUAGAACACCAGUUUCAUCUCGGGAGACUUUCCAUACAAGGUUUCUGGUUCUUCUGUCAGCCAAUGAUGGGAUCAAUGCAAGCUCUAUCAGCUGUAAUAAAGAAGGCUUCAGCAAGCAAUUUCACAGGUUGUUUGUGUAGUUCUCAUUGCGCCUCUUAUGAAAAUCAGUCUAAGGCCAUGUCUGGCGAUCAUGCGGUGAGGUCACUGCUUGAGAAGAUGAUGCAAAGCGCAAGUUCUGCUUACCUUGGUAUACUGGAAAGAUGGGUCUACGAAGGGGUCAUAAAUGAUCCUUAUGGCGAGUUCUUCAUUGCUGAGAACAAAGCACUCCAAAAGGAGUCCCUCACUCAAGAUUAUGAUGCCAAAUACUGGAAACAACGUUACAGCCUUAAAGAUGAAAUUCCUGGUUUUCUCACAAAUGCUGCAGGGAUAAUUCUGACCACAGGAAAAUAUUUAAAUGUCAUGAGAGAAUGUGGGCACAGUGUUCAGGUUCCUAUGCUGGAGAAUGCAAAAUUGACGAGCUUUGAGUCGAAUCAUCAUUACCUCGAAUGCAUAAAGGUUGCUUAUGAUUUUGCUAGUGGUGAGCUCUUGAAUCUCAUAAAGGAAAAGUAUGAUCUCAUGGGAAAGCUUCUGUCUAUCAAGCACUAUUUCCUUCUCGAUCAGGGGGAUUUCUUGGUUCAUUUUAUGGACAUUGCUCGAGAUGAGCUUGCUAAAAGGCUUGAUGAGAUUUCUGUGGAGAAACUUCAGUCUCUCUUGGACCUUGCCCUACGCACAACUGCUGCUUCAGCAGAUCCGUGCCACGAGGACUUGACAUGUUGUGUUGAAAGAUCCUCAUUGCUCAAGAGACUGGGCACACUCAAAGAUCUUGGAAUCAAUAAGCCUAUUUCUGAUAGUAAUGAUUUAGAAGAGCCAAUAAGCAUCACUGGUCUGGAAACAUUCUCUUUGAGUUACAAGGUUCGAUGGCCACUGUCCCUCGUGAUUUCGAGGAAAGCCUUAACAAAAUACCAAUUGAUUUUCCGCUUCCUGUUCCACUGUAAACAUGUUAAUCGCCAACUUUGUGGAGCAUGGCAAAUACAUCAAGGAAUCCGUGCUGUAAAUACUCGCGGAACUAUUAUCUCCCGAUCUUCGUUGCUCUGCCGUAGCAUGCUUAAAUUUAUUAAUAGCCUUCUACACUACCUGACGUUUGAGGUUCUUGAACCAAAUUGGCACGUAAUGCUAGCUAAACUUCAGACUGCAAAGAGUAUUGACGAGGUUAUCCAGUACCAUGAUUUUUUCCUUCAAAAGUGUCUGAAAGAAUGCUUGCUGCUGUUACCUGAACUUCUGAAGAAAGUGGAGAAGCUGAAAUCAAUAUGCCUCAACUAUGCAGCAGGAACUCAGUGGUUGAUUUCAUCAUCCAUCUACCUUCCCAGGUCAGACGUAUCAUCUACCAGUUCUGAUAAAUCUAAGCCUUGGAGAUCAAGGAACAAACUUCAGGCGUUAAAGUUAACUGCCGAGGAUGCAACAACAGCCACUGAAUCUCUUCUGACAUUCGAGAGGGAGUUCAACAGUGAGCUUCAGAGUCUAGGACCAAUCUUAAGCAACAAUUCACAGGCAGAACCAUACUUAACACAUCUGGCGCAGUGGAUUCUCGGCAUUGGAAAAGACCAAUAAUAUGUGGCUGACCCUUUCUUUUCUUCUUCUUCCCGUGUUGUAAAGAAUUGAUUGUGAAUAUUUGAUAUUUUUCCUCUCACAAUAUCGUGCAUUGGUUGAAGAAACCACGUGUUUUCUUAAGUGUUUUUUUGAAGGACAAAGGGGCUUCCAAAAGCCCAAAAGGAUUUUAUUUAGACUACCACAUUAAAGUUGUAUUUAACACCAGAGGGGACAAAGGGAAAUGCUUCAAAGGACAAAGGGGCUUCCACCAUCAAUGUUAUCAUGCAUAGCAAACU